AUGUCCGGAUCCGGCAUACCUUCACGCACGUCUCCGUACUACGGUGGCUAUGGUACCUCAAGCUAUAGCAAUCCCAUGUAUGGAAACAUGUACAACUCCUACGGGUCAUAUGGAUCGUCAAUGUACGGGUCCUUAUAUGGUGGUGGGAUGUAUGGUAAUCGCUACGGAGGUAUGAGCGGCAUGAACAGCAUGAAUGGCAUGAACGGGACGAUGAUGAACCAGGGGAUUGUGGGCUCAUUUACGCAGGGAACGGAAGCAACGUUUCAGUUGAUAGAGAGCUUGAUUGGUGCCGUUGGGGGUUUUGCGCAGAUGCUGGAGAGCACAUAUUACGCGACACACAGCUCGUUUUUCACGAUGAUAUCCAUGGCUGAACAGUUCCAACAUUUGAAAAAUGCGAUGGGCUCCCUUUUGGGGAUAUACGCAUUGUUGAACUGGGCCAAAAAGGCCCUGAGAAAAAUCAGAGGAACCAAAUUAAAAAUCAGCGUUGAUGAAUUCAAGAAGCAAAUCGAGUCAAAUAAGAAAGACAAAGAAGGCAAGAAGGAGAGGAUGUCUUUGAAACCUCUUGUUUUCUUUUUGGCGGCCGUGUUCGGACUCCCAUAUGUACUGAAGAAACUGGUUACGCACAUGGCUGAACACCAAAGGGCUCUUUUGAACGGACAGCCGGACCAGGGUGCGAUUACUGGUCUUGCAGUGAACAGAAACCCAGAACCUAGCAUCGAUCCUAAAAAGCUGGAGUUUGCGCGGGCGCUGUACGACUUCAACCCUGAGAACGAGGAAAUGGAGCUCAGGUUGAAACGAGGAGACUUGGUGGCCAUACUGAAUAAGACUGAUAGUUGGUGGAAGUGCCGUACACGGGACGGACGCAUGGGAUUUGUGCCGUACAACUACUUGGAGAUAGUCAAGAGGACAGCCAACGCGGUCAAGUCGAUCGAGACGACGGCGAAGGCCGACGUGGAAGAGUUCAAGAAAGAUCAAAAGCUUCUGAUCUGA